GUGUGAUAUUUUUUCAGUCACACGAGAGAUGUGUGUGUGUGUUUCUUUUAAAACAACCUUGCUGUACCUCCCAGCCUCAGAUACCGAUGAAUCAUCUCAUUUUUUUUGUCAAGGUUGCUAGGCAACAGGAACAGUGCGACGAGAGAGUCUCAUCUAAAGCCGCUCUGCUCGGCUCGGCUCGGCCCGGCUCGGCCGUCACGGCCUACAAAGGAUGCGUCUCCUGAAGUGGGACACAGCUUUGUGCUGUUCAAGGGCUCCUGUGGAUGUCAUCUUCAUGUGUGAUGUACAGUUAGCUGGGAGAAGCUGUUCUGACGGUGUGUUAGAGAAAUAUUUCAGUUGUUUGAGCAGCAUCGUCUUCAGUUCAGUAUCUGAGAGGUUAAAAAAAGACCAACCAUCAGCGCAGACUGCUGGAUAUCAAACAGAAACCCGAGAUAAAAAUUACACAUAACAGGUAAUAGGUAUGACCUCCCAGAGCAAUAUGAAGUGCGAGGAAGAGGAGGGUCUGGAUGACCAGCAGGUCUGUAACCAGGAGAGGAACUCCAGUCUGGACCAGGUGGACCCAGAGCCUCCACAGAUUAAAGAGGAAGAGGAGGAACUCUGCACCAGUCAGGAGGGAGAGCAGCAUGUAGUGAAGCAGGAGGCUGAAGGCAUCAUCGUGUGGACGGAGGAAGAGCGGCUCAGACUUUGUGAUAUCAUAUGGAAACCUGAAAUAAGCCCACGCAGCACAGAUCUCCCACAACAACAUGUCUGUAAGGAGGAAGAGGUUCUCGCAGACCAGCAGGUCUGUAACCAGGAGAGGACCUCCAAUCUGAACCAGGAGGAUCUAGAGCCUUUACAGAUUAAAGAGGAACCGGAGGAACUCUGCACCAGUCAGGAGGGAGAGCAGUUUGUACUGAAGCAGGAGACUGAUACCUUUAUCGUAACUCUUGGUUAUAAGGAAAGUGACCACAGUGAAUCAGAACCAAAUAGUGACCAGCUCUUUUCUCACAACUCUCCUGAACCAGAGAGUCAAGAUCAGGAAAAAAGCGAGUAUGUGGACUCCGGAUCAGCUACAUAUGCAGAGCCAAGAAAGAGGAGACUUGACACAAAUAAAAGUCAUAGAAACACAGAAAAUUCUCCCCUGUCAGAGAGUCAGUGUAAAACUGACUUAAGUAAAAAAUCUGCAAAAUGUGACAUUUGUGGAAAAACUUUUCAUGAUAAAUCCAACCUAACAAGACAUCUGAGAUCACACACAGGUGAGAAACCUUAUUCUUGUACCACCUGUGGGAAAGGAUUCAGUAGGAAAUCAGGUUUGGAAACUCAUGUAAGAAUCCACACAGAUGAGAAGCCAUAUUGUUGCAGCACUUGUGGAAAAAGAUGUAGUCAGAUGAUACACUUGAAAAAUCACAUUAGAAUCCACACUGGUGAGAAACCAUAUUCAUGUAGUACCUGUGGGAAAAGUUUCAGUCAGCUAAUCAAUCUCAAAACACACAUGAGAAUUCACACAGGUGAAAAGCCUUAUUCUUGUAGCAUCUGUGGGAAAGAAUUUUGUGCAUUGUCAGCAUUCAACAGACACAUGAGAAUUCACACAGAUGAGAAGCCACAUUGUUGUACCACCUGUGGGAAAAGAUUUAGAGACCAGUCGACAUUCAAAAAACACAUGCCAAUUCACACAGGUGAGAAACCUUAUUCUUGUGGCACCUGUGGGAAAAGGUUCAGUCAGAAACCAACGCUGGAAAGACAUCAGAGAAGCCACACAGGCGAGAAGCUACAUUCUUGUAGCAUCUGUGGAAAAGGAUUCAGUCAGAUGAUAAACUUGAAAAUUCAUAUGAGAAUUCAUACAGGUGAGAAGCCUCAUUCUUGUAGCACCUGUGGCAAAAGAUUUAUUCAGAUGAUACACUUGAAAAGACACAUGAGAUUUCACACAGGUUGAAAUUUUCUCAUAAAAUGUGGAAGUGUUAUGAGAUGUAGAAGUGUGAUGUUGCCAGAGCCUACUGUUCAGAAAGAACAGUAAAGAAAUCUCAGGAUUUUUCAUUCCACUUACUGGCUUAUUCUUUAAAUGUACGGGAUAACCUGAUAACAUUUGUUUGAGAUGAUUGGGGUUCCAUCAAGACAGAUAUCUGCUGUAAAAAUCUGCCAAAUCAAACUUGUGAAGCUCCACGCUGUGGUGACCCCUUGUAAAUAAGGGAGGAGCUGAAACUAGGUUUUGAGAUGAUCAUAUGAGAAAUUUA